AGUGCGGAAUCGGUGACGGAGGGGGGUGCACGCCGCGCGCUGCAGUGGGGCUGGAGAGACAUUUGACUGGUGUGUGAUCGGUGCUGGGACGGCUGGAUAGUGUGCAGAGCUGAACAUUGAUUGGAAGUGGCAGGAGGUGUUAUAGGGAGGCCCUGAAGGCGGUUUGAGCGGUGGAGGAGACUGCAGGGAACAUUAUCACAGGGUGCACGCUAUGCGGACGGCUCUGUGACGGUGCCGGUUACUGACGACGAACGAUGGCCCGCCCGCCCAUGGAGCUGUCCCCGCGGCGCCGGAGGCUGCUGCUGCUGCAGGCCAUCGUUACCUGCUGGUCGAUCGGACGGAGCGACGCCCUCACUCUGGACCAAUGUGACCACGCGCUGGGGAUGGAGUCGGGCGAGAUCAACGACCACCAGAUCAGUGCUAGCUCCUCGUACAACGAGAACAACGUGGGUCCGCACAGCGGCCGGAUCCGCACUGAGCACCGCGGGGGUGCCUGGUGUCCUCAGCCGGUCAUCACCAGCCAGGUGCACGAGUACUUGCAGAUCGACCUGGGCCGGGUCACCGUCGUCACCGCCGCCGAGACACAGGGCCGCUUCGGUAACGGGCGCGGCGUCGAGUGGGCCGAGAAGUACGCGCUGCAGUACUGGCGGCCGGGCGCCGAGGGCGACACCGGCUGGAGGACCUACCGCAACGCCUCCGGGCACACGGUGAUGGACGGCAACGUGAACUCGUACAUGGCGCACAAGACGGUGCUGAACCCGCCGCUGAUCGCGUCCAAGGUGCGCGUCGUGCCCAAAAGUGACCACCCGAGAACGGUGUGCCUGCGAGCCGAGCUGCACGGAUGUCGGUACACAGCCGGCAUCGACAGCUACAGCAUGGACGUGCCGGACGCACGGUGGCCUGACCUGACCUACGACGGCGUCGGCUCGGCCAAGGUCAUGAAGAACGGUCUGGGCCAGCUCACCGACGGUCAUGUCGGCAACAACGACAUCACAAGACCCGAGUGGGUGGGCUGGCGGAGGACGGCCGGCCAGACCGUCACCAUCACCUUCCGCUUCAGCGGACUCAGGGAGCUGGAGGCGGCCACCUUCUUCGUCAGCAACCACUUUACGGCCAACGCUAGGAUAUUUUCGGAGGCGGCCUUGCGUUUCUCUCUGGACGGAGAGGUUUACACGGACACUGCCGUGAAGCUGAGGCCGGACGCGGACCGUAUCUUCGAGGACUCUCGUGAACUGCGGAUUAGUCUGCAUCGUCAGGUGGCGCGGUUUGUCCGCAUCGACCUGACCGCCGCUGACACCUGGACACUCAUCUCCGAAAUCAACUUCGAGGGCGCACCGUCCACCGCCAACAUUACGCACCUGGUCGCUGCGGGCGGCGCGGCGGCGGCCGGCGGUGAUGACGGCGCGGCGCCGCCCCCCGGUCCGGCGGCGGCCGACGCCGGCGGCUCGGCGGCGCCGCUGGCCGUCAUCCUGGGAGUGCUCGGUCUGGUGCUGCUGCUGCUCUCGGCCCUGGUCGGGUAUGUGGUGCGCGCCGGACGGCGGAGGAAGGUCGCCGGCGGGCCGAGUCCCACGCCGCUGCCGCUGCCGCGCACACUCAACAUGAAGGAGCUGCGGCUGAACAUGCACCUGGCCGCCGGGCCCGGCUACGCCCGGUCCCACGGCGACGUGUACGGACCGCUGCCAGCCGAGGAGGACAAGGUGGGCCUGUGUGGCUCCGAGCCGUACCGGGUGGUCCGGUUGAACCCCGACUAUAACACGACCGGACAGAGGACGGCGCGGCGCGACCAGCGGACCCCAGACACCUCCUACGACUACGCCGUUCCCGUCGACAACGACACGCCACCGCCGCCGUUCACCGACUGCGUGCCGGCGGCGGGGCGCAGCCCGGCCGACCCGUGGGACAACCCCAGCUACAAACAGUCGCCGAGCGGCACCACCCAGUCCAGCAGCCAGCCGUCGCUCUGUAACCUGGCCGAGCUGCUGCCGCCGCCGCCGCUGCCGCCGCCGCCGCCCGAGCCGCCGGCCGCCGCCACCCUGUCGCGCCGCCGCCGCGUGCUGGCCCGCUCCGUGGAGGGCGUCACCGGCACCUGCGUGUGGCAGACCAGGAGGGCUGACGUGGGCCUGGCGGACGUGCGAGAGGUCGGAGCCGACAUGAUCAAGAGGAGAGAGAAGAUCGGAGAGGGACGCUUCGGAGAGAUAUUCUCGUGCGAGGUGCACUUUCCGUCGUCUCCGGACAGUCCGUACCAGGCGCCGUCGCGGCUGGUCUCGGCGCGCUGUCUGCGCACCUCAGCCACCGGGGACGCGGCCUGCCGGCUGCGCGCCGAGGCCGAGCCCCUCAGCCGCGUCUCCGACCCGCACGUCACCCGCCUGCUGGGCGUGUGUACGAUGGACGAGUCGCCCUGCCUGCUGGUGGAGUACAUGGAGCGCGGCGACCUGAACCAGUUCCUGCGGAGGACGCAGCUCGACCCGGGCAGGCCCAGCCAGCGACCGCUAGAGUACGGCUCUCUGAUCUACAUGGCCACCCAGGUGGCGGCCGGGAUGAAACACCUGGAAACUCUGGGGAUAGUGCACCGUGACUUGGCGGCCAGAAACUGCCUGGUCGGUCACCAGCUGCAGGUCAAGGUCGGCGACCUGGGGCCGAGCCGGGCCCAGUACGCCAGCGACUAUGUCACGCUGCCCGACGGCCGGGUGGUGCCACUGCGCUGGCACGCCCCCGAGGCCCUCUUCACGGAGCAGUGCAGCUCGUCCUCGGACGUGUGGUCGUUCUCGGUGACCCUCUGGGAGAUCCUGACCUGGUGUCGGCUCCAGCCGCUGGCGCACCUCUCGGACGCAGCCGUCACCGACCGGCUGGCCAGCUACCUGCCGCCGGUCAGCUGCGCGGAGCAGCUGCUCCAGCAGCCCAACGUCUGCCCCAGAGAGAUCUUCGACCUGAUGUGCGAGUGCUGGCGCGUCGACCCGACCGCGCGUCCCACCUUCGGCGAGAUCCACAUGUUCCUGCAGAGGAAAAACCUCGGCUUCGAGCCGGUCACUGACGGAACGUGAUGGGACAGAGGGUGAGAAAAGGAGAGGGGCGAGGACAGAGAUAAACUAUGUGGACUGAGUGCGAGGCCCCGGUUUGAGUGUUCGGUGGUGGAGAAAUGACAGCCCCGGCGAACGACUCGCUGAUGCACCUUUAUGCCGAGUGGACUUUCGAGCCGUGGCGAAUCUAGCGGAAGGAACAAGUCGGGCAGCUUUGUGUCGGUCGGGACAGCCUGACGAACUCAGUGCGACUACUUCGUCACCUCGCUCACCGUUCCUGGGGCCCGGCGUCCGGUGACUGUUCCCGUCCCUCCCACCCAAUGGAUGUCGUACCGCUGGCUCCUCCCACCUUCAGCCUGUCUUCCAUCCACCUGUUCCGCUUCGGGAGCAUCAUAUCACGACAGCCGGCUGACGGUGACGGCCGGCUGGUGCGUCUUCAGAGCGUCCCGGUCCCGGCUCUGACAUAUCCCGCUCCCCGCGCGCCCCCGGCCCGCCUCAGUCGCCAUAUACCUGGUUGUGAUACACGGGGCGCAGAGUUCGGCCCAGAGAAGCUAGCUCCUUAUUUAUGUGUUGUGCCCGAGCUCCGGAAGUGUUAGGGGCAAAGUGUAAAGAUAUCUAUGAGAGGCUUUGUUGUUCGGUGUACGAUGUAUACGACGUCGUGGCGCUUCUUUGCUUCCGCAUGCUAUAUUUAUGACGAUCUCAUUUGUCAACCCUGGAGUUUUUCAUCUAUAAAUAUGCCGUGCCGCCGCGCCCCUUCAGUGCUGCGGCCUUGUUUCUGGUGUUUGUAAAAUUUUAAUCGACGUCACAAUGAUUGUGUCCCGGUAUUCAUCCGAUUACUACCCACAACUGAAAGUGUUUGUAACAAUGUAAGAUGACCUUUUAAAUGUAGGUAAUUGUGUGGAAUAUUUUUCCACAUCAUACCAAAUACAUUCGAUAACAUCCUUA